UAAAAUGUUGUGCUCGGGAAAGUUUGGUUUAAGACUGCUGUUCCUCGUCUGGUGCGCAACGGCAUCUUCAGCUGAACAAAGUAACGAUGACGAUGUUGAUAUUUUCGAAGAUAUUGUUUCAUCGGGAUCCAAUGACUCAAAUAACACGGAGAAUGGCCAAAAACUAAAUGCUCAAAGCAACGAUGACGAUGUUGAUAUUUUCGAAGAUAUUGUUUCAUCGGGAUCCAAUGACUCAAAUAACACGGAGAAUGGCCAAAAAUUCGAUAUAUCAGUUAAAAGAGACGAGCUUCAGAAGAAGCUUUAUAAUUUAUUAACCCCAAUCGGAUCAAAAACAGAAGAUUUAAAAGCGAUUCUUGAUAAGACUUUCGAAAAUAUUUCAAAUCGAAUUGAAAACAAGACAGUUGAGAUAAUACAGUCCGACCCAGAUGCUAAUCAAGAAUCGUGCGAGUGCGUGGAGAUUUGGAUGUGUAAGAAUAGUACGAGAAAUCAAUAUGGAACGUACAUCAUACAGCCUCGCAGUCUCUACGUCAAAGAAGUUUGUAAAUAUAAUCAAAUCUGCUGUUACAAAUCGGAUAUGAUUGAGAAGAGUCCCGAGCCCGAGUUGCUCGACCGGAUGCAGGAUUGCGGCAUACGCAAUGUCAAUGGCGUAGAACUUGCCAUAGCUGGCGAUAAACAUCUUGAAGCGAACUUUGGUGAGUUUCCUUGGAUGAUUGGUAUCUUGGAAAAGGAUAAUUUAAUUGAAAACCUAAUAAGAAACAUUGGAGGCGGUUCCCUGUUGGCACCAAAUGUUGUACUAACUGCUGCCCAUAAGGUCGCCGACAAAUUACCGAACACAUUAAUUGCGAGAGCUGGUGAAUGGGAUGAAACAACCACAGAUGAGAUCUAUAUUUGUCAGGAUCUUGAUGUCGAGCAAAUAAUUACUCAUUACCAGUUUCAAUAUAAGGUCAACAACAUUGCACUCCUUGUACUUAAGGGCAGUUUCAAACCCAGUCCACACAUUUCUCCCAUCUGUUUGCCGAGGUCCAACCAGAACUUUGAUCACUCAGGCUGCAUUGUCACGGGCUGGGGCAAAAGACGAGAAAACAGCACUGAUUAUCCGCAUAUUCUCAAGAAAAUUACAAUGCCACUCGUUCACCGCAAUGAGUGUACUGAUAAGAUCAAAAUAAUACUUGGUCCACGCUUUUACCUUGAGCAAACUAGCAUUUGUGCUGGCGGCGAGAAGGACGUAGAUGCCUGCUUUGGAGAUGGUGGAGCUCCUCUCAUCUGUCCCAUAAGAAACAGUCCCAAUCGUUAUUAUCAAGCUGGCAUUGUCGCCUGGGGAAUUGGCUGUGGAAAGGAAAAUGUUCCAGGCGUAUAUACCGAUGUUCCCCGUUUCAAUUCCUGGAUCAACAGCGAACUCAAGAAACUAAAUGUGGACAGCAAAUACUAUACUGCUUAAGCAGAAUUUAUUAUGUAUAUGUGUAUAUGCAUACAUAUAAAUAAAAUCGAAUACUUGGAAUUA